UGCUUACGAGCCUGCUGCUGCUCAGUCAGACUGCUCUAUUAAAUAUCAUAGACUUAAUUAUAACAUAACACACAGAAAUACGAGCCUUUGGUCAUUAAUAUGGUCAAAUCCGGAAACUAUCAUUUUGGGAAAAAACCUGUUUAUUAUUUCAGUGAAAUACGGAACCAUUCGGGUAUUUUAUCUAACGGGUGGCAUCCCGAAGUCUAAAUAUUCUUGUUACAUUGCACAACCUUAAAUGUUAUGUCAUAAUUACGUAAAAUUCUGGCAAAUUAAUUCGCAAUGAGCUGCCCAAACUGUUGCAUAUACCCUGACUCUGCAUGCAAUGAAUGCAAGGGAAGUGACAUAAUUUCACCUGGUUAAUAUUGCCUGGUAACCUGGAUUUCUUUUAGCUAAAUAUGCAGGUUUAAAAAUAUAUACUUCUGUGUAUUGAUUUUAAGAAAGACAUGGGUGUUUAUGGUUAGGUACACAUUGGAGCAAUGAUACACACCGCAUCAAUUAUAUGCAACGCAGGACACUCUAGAUAAACUAGUAAUAUCAUCAACCAUGUGUAGUUAUAACUAGUGAUUAUGAUUGAUUGUUUUUUAUAAGAUAAGUUUAACGCUAGCUAGCAACAUACCUUGGCUUCUACUGCAUUUGCGUAACAGGCAGGCUCCUCGUGGAAUGCAAUGAGAGGCAGGUGGUUAGAGCGUUGUGGACUAGUUAACUGUAAGUUUGCACGAAUGGAAUCCCCGAGCUGACAAGGUGAAAAUCUGUCGUUCUGCCCCUGAACAAGGCAGUUAACCCACCGUUCCUAGGCCGUCCAUGAUAAUAAGAAUGUGUUCUUAACUGACUUGCCUAGUUAAAUAAAGGUCUAAAAAAAAUAGGCAAAAAAAUAGGCAAAAUCGGCGCCCAAAAAUACCGAUUUCCGAUUGUUAUGAAAACUUGAAAUCGGCCCUAAUUAAUCUCCCAUUCCGAUUAAUCGGUCAACCUCUACUAUAGAGGUGAAAGGAACACCACAAACUUUCCCUCUUUCUCAAUUUUUCAAUAAGGUCGAUAAAAAGGGGUAUGCCAGGUGUACUCUGCCUGAAAUAGAUCAUUUAUGCCAGCAAAGGGUCUCAUGCUCUUCUGGCACAUUGUAGAACAGCACAGGUAGACUGUGUACAAUGUAAUAAUGUGCAGUGUAGCCCAGAUACUGCCCACCACCAGCACCAUUCCACCAGGGGCCAGAGAAGAUUAGGGAGCAAGAGGCUCAGCUUCCUGUGCCCACUGUCGACCGCAUAGCAAAUGUAGAGGUACGUGUGUUAGGUCAUUAGCAUCACUAUUUGAGAACCUUUAGUGUAGGUGAAAUAAACACUUUUGAGCAAUUUACACAAGAUAUGUAGUGUGCCUGCUUUUAGGUAAUUUCCUAAUUUGUGUCUUCUAGGUGUUGUGACAUGACUAUCAUUAAUGCGAUGACAUGCUAUUUAUCGAAUAAUUAACUGUGUAAUUAUUACGUGAUUAAAUUAAUCAUGUAACAAUUAACUCAUUAGUAACCUGGGGCCCCACGGGAAAAGUUUGUUUAAUGAGUUACUGUUUCCCGAAUUAACUCAUAUCAAUCUCGAUAUCAUAGCAGUCAAUAAUUUCCUCAUAUCAGUCUCAUUCUGAAUGUCGCAUAAUCCGUUAAAUCUGCACGAACCCUAGUCUACUUGAUGGCUCAGCGAUACACAAAUUGCCUUAAUUAUUUACUAACUAAAUAAUAACACAGAAUUACAUAAACAUAGAGGAUAGAUUAUAUGUUCAUUACUAACAUAAUGCAAUGAAAAGUCCCUAGUGUACUAAACCGAUAUGACAGCUUGUUACACGAUGAAAAGGGGUGGGGAAAGAAAGAGCGGGAGAAGGAGAGACAAAUUAAUUAAACUAUCGUACGUACAGUUGAAUAAUACGCUCAUCGUCAGUAUGGAUAUUUGGCAGCCUACUAACCACUCAUUCGGAUUUGGAAAUGCAAUGUACAUUAUUACACUUGUAUGUCUGUCUUUUUCUGUUGAAAUUGCCUGAUCCUUGGAACAGUCUAGGCAACAAAUUAAAUUGGAUUGCUUUCUUACAUUUUUUUAGCUGUGAGUUAGGUUCACAUGAACCACUUUAUUUUGCACACAGAGACUGAUCAUGUAGAUCAUAUUCUAUUCUUGAUCAUAUGUUGUUUAAUUAGUUGAAACCUGCAUUUCACCCUGCAGGGAUUCUUUGCAUGUUUCAGUGCAAAACAAAAUGCCACCUUUUUGGUCCCUCACCAGUUUGCAUCCCUGAUAUUUAUGCUUGUAUGUCUGUUGUCUUUCUCUGUUGAAAUCGCCCGAUCCUUCUGUUACGAAAAAUUUGACAGAAAGUCUCUGGUUGUGUAAGUCUCUGGUUGUCCACCAAAGAUCACCAUGUCCAAACGCCAGUAGCAACCCUGCCACCGCUCCAUGUUUUCUGGUCUAAUGUCAAUUUCGUUAGGAGUCCUUUAUAAGCACUCUGGAAAAAGGGCGUUCCAUCCUUUUGGCAUGUCUGUGGGCAUGGUUACUGACUGGGUAAAACUUUACAUGAAAAACAAUUAUCUCAUUUCGAAGGCUAAAAUCACAUUUCAUCUUCUCACAAAUAGUUUAAUAUUUAAUUAUCUAAGUUUUACAACAUUUAGAUGUAACUCUGACAUACAUUGGAAACUCUUAGUUACAAUGUUUCCGUUAUAACGUCUUUAAUGAUAUCACCAAACAAUAAAUGCUUACAUGAUUGUUCUUUAAGUCCCUCCUGACCAUUUCCCACAUUCUUUGUGUUAGGAAUGUUGUUUCAUUAUCCACUUUUGGAUGUUGUAGUUUUAGCGGGAAGAAUCUGCUUGUAACAAAGGGUUAUUUCCCCUCAAUACUGCAUGGCCAGGGAGAGACAGUUCCUGCAAGGUAUUUAUGACCGUCAUAAAACUGGCCAACUCCCCCAGGAGAGGGGGGUCUUGAGAAACGUUUGUUUAGCCAGCACCUUUGAUCCAGGAGGACAAGUCAUGACAUAGGCUGUGGUCCUUGGUGUCCUAGCAGAGCAUUCCCUCCCCUUUGCUAUUGCUCCAGUAAUUGUUGAGCUAGUGCAAAAAUCUUGCCGUUGACAAGGUGGCUUUGGAGAGGAUGAAGCUCUCGAGAACAGCGGCAUCCGACAAGAUGGUCAAUGGCCUAGGGCGGACCUUCUCCGAAAGGACCUUCUCAUACCUGAGGUUUCCUUUUUCUUUGAACUUGGAUGAGAGCACAUCUAACAGCAACAAAAAGGUCCUCUCCGUGCUGGUAAGCUACUACCAUGAUGACAUGGGAAAGGUGGUGGUGGAGUACUUGGGGUCCCUGGAGGUCAUAAAGGUGAAUGCCGUCAGCUUGGAUAGCGUGCUCUGCGACUUCUUCAACCAUAACAUUCUUGUAGCGUCACGAGAGGUAGCAAGACCGGCAUCGAGACAAGGAUCCUUCCAACCCUGCUCGACAUUGAUGGAGUCUCCUGUCAUCACAUCCACAAUGCAGCAAAGAAGUUUGCAGAGCCCUUCGACCACCACCUUGAGCAGCGCUUCAAUGAUCAGCACACUGAUCAUCAGCGGUCUCCAUAUCAAAGGUUUGUGCCCCAUCGCUGGCUGUCUGCAUAUGAUGUCAGCAUUUCGACACACAGAAUGCUGUACAAUGGAUUCCCGAGCAACGAAGACCAGGAGCUGUAAUAGGACCCACUGGAACACAUUUAUAAAAAACACCACGCGAGCGAGAAGGCACAAGCCUUUGCAUGAGCACCUCAACAGAAAAGGUAUAACACAGCAAGGAAAAGACAGAAAGAAGAGUGACCAGGAAGGUGUGGCAUGACGGCACUACAACUGACCUACAACUCAGCAUUUACGUGGGUGUACUGCCUAUCCUGAUGGAACACGUAAUGGUUUCCCAGGGUAGCCAGACGUUGGUACAUAUGCUCCACGACAAGCAGCUUGAAACCUUUCAAUGCUGAAUACAUCACUAAAGUGUCACCCAAGACUAUGGGAGUGAUGGUACUUAAGGAGAAGAUGUAUGUGGGGCGGGAAGCAGAUGGAUUCAGAACCAGGAUUCCUAAUCAUGCUUUUUGUGGUGUUCUAUAUUUCAGCUGCUGAAGUCUUUCAUGGAGAAGGUCACCAAAGCCUUGCAAAGUCACACACUGAGGUCACUGUCUGCUCUGGACCCGAUUUUGAGAGGCCACUCGCAGGUCGCGAUCCAGUUGAAGAAGCUGAGCGCAAUGUUGGGCCACCUCUCACCUGCCAACAGUGAUCUCCACCAGGAGAUAAUGCGAUACAACAUUGAUCCAUGCCUGGCCAGCUUCACGGAGGGAGAUGACAUGGAGGAGUGGUGGGCUCAUGUCUUGGCCCAGACAUUGUAUCCAGCCCUGGGUAAUGUGGUGAAAGGUGCCCUCUCUGUCUUUCAUGGUCCCAGGGUUGAAUCUUCAUUUAGCUGGAUGAACGACAUCAUUGAUACAUGAAGCACCAACAUGAACAUCUCAACUUUCAAUGCAAUACAGACUGUGAACUACACCUUGCAGACCAGGCAGAAGACCGCAGUGGAGAUGUUUAAACGGGAGGAUGCAAGGUUUGGAGAGGUGAACUGAAGGUUCUGCAGAAACAUCAGGUCUGCAGGAACAGUAGACAAGACCCAGUGGCAGCGGAGUCUGCUGGAAGCCCGAAGAUGACAUCUCGGGUAUGGCUGUUAGCCAUCUGGAAGUGCUCAGGAGAGCAAGACGGCGGCAGCUGAAGAGGACAAGAGGGCAAGGCUCAAACAUGCCUCAAAACAGAGCAAGAGGGCACUUGAAAUACUUGUCCGGGUUAUGAAAAAGAAGUAGGGGCAAACCCUCUACCCAGCCCUCUCCUUCCCUCCAGUCCUCUCCUUCCCUUAAUUUGAUGGGCUAUGUUUUUAUGUUUGUAAUUCAGAUAUUUUUUUAAGAAAGUGUUGUGAAAAUGUAUGUGGGUAUAGGAAAGAGUUCUAUUUGGGUUUCGUUGAACUUUCCCUCAGAAAUGUUCAGAUCUGUUGGACAGUGCAGCAUCAGAGGGACUUGUUCCUGAAAAUUGGAUCAAUGAGUUAACUAGCUAAAUUUCCAGAUUAUCUUGAAAUAACUCCUUCCUUUGAGAAAAUAUUGACCUAAAAUGUAUGUGGUAUUAUAUUGACUCGACUACAUAAACCAGUAUGAAAUAUUAAUGUAUUGUUUAUUUUGUGGACUUGAGUGUCAUGUGCAGUAAAGUAUGGCAACAAAUAACA